CUCUCCUUGGAAAACACAAUGAUACGAUGAGGUGGAAGGCUGGGCUGGGAAAGUCAUCCUUUGCAUCAGUUCGGACACAGCAGUGACGAAGCCACCAGCCUGUGGUGUGUCCCCUUGCCAUGGCUAAGAGCGCAGAGGUAAAACUGGCCAUCUUUGGCCGAGCUGGAGUAGGAAAGUCAGCUCUCGUUGUACGUUUUCUGACCAAACGGUUCAUAUGGGAGUAUGACCCCACUCUUGAGUCCACUUAUCGUCAUCAAGCCACCAUUGAUGAUGAAGUCGUUUCCAUGGAAAUACUGGAUACAGCUGGGCAGGAGGAUGUUAUUCAGAAGGAAGGGCACGUACGAUGGGGUGAAGGAUUUGUGCUGGUGUAUGACAUCACAGAUAGAGGCAGCUUUGAAGAAGUCCUUCCCCUAAAGAACUUGUUGGAUGAAGUCAAAAAACCCAAGAACGUUACUUUGAUUCUAGUGGGGAACAAAGCAGACUUGGAUCACUCCAGGCAGGUCAGCACUGAGGAAGGGGAAAAGCUGGCCACCGAACUAGCGUGCGCCUUUUACGAAUGCUCUGCAUGUACAGGAGAAGGCAACAUUAUGGAAGCGUUUUAUGAGCUUUGCCGGGAAGUGCGACGCCGGAAAAUGGUUCAAGGCAAGACUCGGAGGCGAAGUUCCACUACUCAUGUGAAGCAAGCAAUUAACAAGAUGUUUACCAAAAUCAGCAGCUAAAAUAUCUUCUUUUUCCCAUUCAAAAGAAGUGCAUUUUGCAAGAAGAAAGGACGGAAGGCUUAACUGUGUUUGUCAAUAGGAUGGUCAAAGCUUUGCAUUUAUUAUUACUAUUAUUAUACAAUCACCUCAUUAUUCUUGAAGUUAAGGGAUGCAAAAAAAAAAGUUUCAGGAAUGGUAAUACAUGCUCUACUACUCCAGUUUUGUUGAUCACCAAAUCAUAUCUUCAAAAAAAAUGUUGAAGAUGUGUCAGAAUGGGUUCAGGAAUUUACCCAUCACUGCUGGUUUUGCAUGCUCACAUGUGGCUAAUACAUGGUGGCUUAUCAUUGUCUAAGGGGAGACUCUCAAAGCUUUAUAGGGUGCAGUAGUUGACUAAUUGGUAAGUGCACCACAACAUUCACUUCAUAAUCCCUGGACAUGAGACAUCCAAAGAAAAUGAACAUUGCCACACAACUUCAUCUAGUUCAAGCAUCCAAGCAAGAGAAAAACAUGUUAAUGAUGGCUGUGUGAAUUGGUGAAUUUCAGUUUCACUUAAUUUUGCCUUUUUUAAACCUUACAUUCAUUUCCUUCUACACCUGCAUUAAUUUGCAAUUUUAAAGAAAAAUGCAUAAAUUUCAGUCACAUUUUUGGAGAAACUUUCCUCAAUAGAUAUAAUUUUAGAUGGCACUUAUAACAAUUUCUGUGCAAGCGAUUUUUUUCCCCAAUGUUAUUUUUUUUUAAAGUCAUCUGAUAUUAUAAAUACUUGAUAUGUAUUUUUAAGUUGAAACCUAUAGUAUAUCUGUAAGAAUGGAUUUGGGGAAGCAUGAAUUUCACAACUGCCAUCACUAUUUAGAGCACUGGUAAAAAAAAUGAACAUAAGUCCCAAUGAAGGCAAUAUUCUUUUGAUAGGCCUAUCUUCUAAUUCUGAACUUGGUUUUUUUAAAAAAAAACCUAAAAUGUAAAAUAUAUGUAUGAAAAUGAAAUAAUGCUUUACCUAGCAAUUUUUCUCCAAUAGGAAAAUGCAACCAACUGGGAUUUUUUAAACAGUUGUGUACACUUUAUGAUUCUUCAUACUAAGCAAAGAUCCUGGCUGAGUUCACAAGGCACGCAUACUCUUGGUUAACUUAACUGUGGUUUCACUAAUUCCUAGAACUUGAAAGGGGCCGUUGAUUUCAUUGGGCCAAUUUUACCCUACCCAAAUGAAAGUAUGAUGGUUUAUGUUCUGCUUGAACACAUUGGAAAAAGAUCUCAUUGUCUCUGUGGACUAUAAACUUAAUUUGAUUUAUUAAUCCAGUUUUCUGGGGUUGCUUGAUGUUGAACCACAAACUGUACUGCCCCAGAAUUGCUAGCCUAACAUCUACUCAAGUAGAUGACAGUGCAGUAUGCUAUGCACAUUCAACACAUUCUAAGUGAAUUCUAGGCAAGGUACAAAAUCUGUUUCAUAGAAUUGCUUUUGCAUUGCCUCUUCAAAUCUUUCUUUGCCCAUAAAAAUCCAUUGGUUGCCCUUUAGCUGUUCUUUUCCCCCUGCCUCAUUCCAAUGAAUCUUGCCAGGUUGUUAUAAGCUUGCAAGAGGUAACUGAUUGGAAAUAAAUUUUGAAGGAUUGUGGAAGAAAAGUGAC